UUUUCAGGCUGAAUUCAAUAAAUUCAAGCAAAUGUUGGAGCAAGGCAAAGCUCGAGCUGAGGCCGCACAUCAAGCAUCGUUGACUCGGCUGUCUCCAGCGGCCAAAGCUGCUGACGCUCGACUGAGCGCUAUCGCCAGCAACAGGGCCCUCAAAGUUGGAGAGAAACAACGACAACUUGCCGCUGCCUUCCAAGCACUUGACCCAGCUGUCAAAGCCGAGCUCCAGAAGGAAAUGCAAGGCUAAACAACUCAACUCAUCUUCUAAAUUAGUUACGCUAGUCAUUCUUGGCGUAGAACAACUGAUCAAAAAUUGUAUCUACCAUCCAAUAUCGUUAUCAUUUCUUAUGUUCUUCAUUCCACUAAACCCAACUACAGUUCUACGAUCACCCUCUUUCCAGUGUGAAACAUGAAGAAUUGCAUUAUUCUCCGUGAUGUUUAUGCAAAUAUUGUCGAUGUUUCAUGAAAUGUUCACCAACUCAACAACAACUUAACUUCUCAAACGUUCUCCUGAUUAAUCCGUACAUCUACUCAAAUGUUCAUUUUUACUGACUAAUAAAUGCGUUUUCCAUA